CUUCCUCCGCCGAAGCUUACACUACACUACUCGGCGCCAGAACAAAUAAUCCGAAAUCAUAGUUUCACGAAUUAUUUUAUCUUCCCUACAAGAGCGAAUUUUGAGGAUGACACCCGAGCAAUUCAAAUCCAUCUGGGACAGACUCUUUACCGGAAACCCAAACGAAGCUCGUUCAUUCUGUGAAGAAGUACUCAGCCCCAACUAUGUGCGCUUGGAAGCUGGCAGCGACCGAACGGACUUUGAGCGCGCCGUCGAGAAAAUCACUUUCUUCCGCCAAAACUGCAAGAAGAUCAACAGUUCCCUGCUAUUUUUCGCUUACGACAACAAGAAAAUUGCUGCAAGACUGAUUUGUAAUUUUGCAAUGGGUGAUGAACCGGAGAAGAAGAUUGAGGUCAUGAUUAUGGUGGAGCUUAACGACGAGGAGAAGUGGGUGUCUGCUUGGGAACUUAUCUGUCCGUAUUUGGGUUGAAUCUUGCGGUUAAGUGCGACCGGAUACAUAUUGUUUUCGUUAGGGCAUGAGCCUGAAUCAUAUACCGGGCUCGAUAUAUUAUAUUAGCGGUAUGCGAAGUCCUAGUAAGAUUGUAAGACGG